AUGUUUCCUAAUCUUGUUAACCUCCUUGCUAAUGUUCAUCUGUCUGUGGUUCAAAAAGAGGACGUCCUAGUUUGGAAGCCCGCAACGGACGACAGCCUUACAUUGAAGAUAGCUUAUGACUUCAAAUCCAGCAAUAACAGUGUUUUAGAUUGGGGGAAACGCAUUUGGAACAAGCUUAUUCCAGCCUCGUACUCCUUACUGUUCUGGAGGCUGCUUCACAAUAGAGUGCCAACGGACGAUAACAGGGCUGUUAGGGCUUUCCAUCUCCCUUCUCUUUGCAAUCUCUAUGGUAUUACGGGAGAAACGGUGGAGAAUUUGUUCUUUAAUUGCUCAUUUGCUGCCAGAUUUUGGCAUUUCCUAUCUGCGUCUUUGUCUCUCUUUUGCAAUUCUGUUGAAGACAUUUGGUCUGCUUACAGCAAACUAAAUUCUGAUCAAAGCAAGGUGGUGUGGAUGGCUGCAGUUUCCAGUGUGGUCUCUAUGAUUUGGAAAGCCCACAACUUAUGUCAGUUCGGGGAUAAAAGAAGCAAUUGGAACUCUUUACUUAAUGAGGUCAAGAGAGAUGUUAUUUUCGCCGGAAAUGCUACUCCGAAACAUGGUUCAAACUCAAUAUUGGAUUUUCAUUUCCUGAAAAGUUUCAAUAUUACUGUUAAUCCUCCUAAAGCUUUCUUGGUUAAGGAAUGCCUAUGGCAUCCUCCAUUUCUUCAUUGGAUUAAAUGUAACACGGAUGGAGCGUCUUCAGGAGUGCCACAACGAGCGGCUUGUGGUGGUAUCUACUGA